AGGGGCUGGGGGCCCUUUCUUCUCCCUCCCUUUCCUUUUCCCCGGGACCAGUGUCCCGUGCUGCCCGUGGGCUCCCUCCCUGUGAGCCACUGAACCGGUGGACAGGGCCCGGCGGAGCGGUGCCCGGCCCGGGCCCGGCCCGUUUCCUGGGCGGGAGGCAGGGUCGGGCCUCGCUUCAGCCGCAGCCAGGCUGCUCCUGCCCGUACAGGUGCUGCGGCAGCAACCAGGAAUGCGGGCAGGCUGACUCACCGGAGCCCUCCUACCUGGGCUGGGACCAGGCCGGGCCCGUGCUCGCCCCCCACCUUCCUGCCGCUCCCUCCUCCUCCCUCUUCUCUGUUCCCUCCUCUUCCCACCCUUAAACUACACACACGCAAACACACUUGCACAUACGCACACCCAGACACGGGAGCGGCGGUACUGGGCAGCGGGGGAGAUCGGCGGAGUGGAAGAGGCGGAGUUCUCGUGCACAGGAGGAAGAGGAUGGGCGGGCAGCACCUGGGGGCACUGCUCCGGCUGCUGGUCUGGGCCUGGCUCUGUUACAGUUGCCAAGCCAAUCGCUGCAAGUCCAUCCCGGUGAAGAACUGCACCGAAUGCAUCCGUUUGGACAAGGACUGUGCCUACUGCACGGAUGAGGAGUUCCAGGGCCAUCGCUGCAACACACGGGUGGAGCUGGAGGACGCGGGCUGCGGGGCGACCAGCGUGCUGACAAUGGAGAGUAGCUACUACAUCCUGCAGGAAAAGAAAAUCGACAUGUCCCUGAAGCGGAGCCAGGUGUCCCCGCAGCGGGCGACCCUGAGGCUGCGGCCCGGGGAGGAACGCCAGCUGCAGCUGCAGGUGUUUGAGCCGAAGGAGAGCCCCAUGGACCUCUACAUCCUCAUGGACUUCUCCAACUCCAUGUCCGACGAUCUGGACAACCUCAAGAACAUGGGCCAGAACCUGGCCGAGGUCCUGCAGGAGAUGUCUGAUGACUACACCAUCGGCUUCGGCAAGUUCGUGGACAAAGUGAGCGUACCGCAGACGGACAUGCGGCCAGAGCGGCUGAGGGAGCCCUGGCCCAACAGCGACCCCCCCUUCUCCUUCAAGAAUGUCAUCAGCCUGACCAGCGACUUGGAGGAAUUCCUCACCAAAUUGCACGGGGAACGCAUCUCUGGCAACCUGGACGCCCCCGAGGGCGGCUUCGACGCCAUCUUGCAGACGGCCGUGUGCAAGAAGGACAUCGGCUGGCGCCCAGACAGCACCCACCUGCUGGUGUUCUCCACCGAGUCGGCCUUCCACUACGAGGCUGACGGUGCCAACGUGCUGGCGGGCAUCGUGAAGCGCAACGAUGAGACUUGCCACCUGGAUGCCACGGGUACUUACACCCAUUACGGUGGACAAGACUACCCCUCUGUGCCCACCCUGGUGCGCCUGCUCGGCCAGAAUAACAUCAUCCCCAUCUUCGCCGUCACCAACUACUCCUACAGUUACUACCAGAAACUGCACAAGUAUUUCCCUGUGUCGGCAGUGGACGAGUUGAAGGAAGACUCGUCCAAUAUCGUGGAGCUGCUGAGAGUCGCUUUCAACCGAAUCCGCUCCCAGAUGGACAUCCGGGCCCUAGACACACCCCGGGGCUUGAAAUCCGAGGUCUCGUCUAAAGUUUACAAGAAGUCGGAGAUGGGCUCCUUCUCCAUCAAGCGGGGGGAAGUGGGGACCUACGAAGUGAUGCUCCAGGCGGUGGACUCGGUGGACGGGAAGCACGUGUGCCAGCUGCCCGAGGGCGACCGGAAUGGCGUCAUCCACUUCAAGCCGUCCUUCUCCGACGGGUUCUAUGUCGAAACCAGCAUCAUCUGUGACGAGUGCUCCUGCGAGAAGCAAAAGGAGGUCAACUCGGUCCGCUGCAACCAACACGGGGACUUCAUGUGUGGACACUGUCUGUGCCGGGAGGGCUGGAGCGGAAAGACCUGCAACUGCUCGACAGGCUCGCUCAGCGACACGGAGCCCUGCGUGCGGGACGGGGACACCCUGCCCUGCUCGGGACGGGGAGAGUGCCAGUGCGGAAACUGCAUCUGCUACGGAGACGGCCGCUACGAGGGCCAGUUCUGCCAGUUCGACGUCUUCCAGUGCCCCAGGGCCUCAGGCUUCCUCUGCAAUGAUCGGGGCCGAUGCUCCAUGGGCCAGUGCGUCUGUGCCAGUGGCUGGACGGGCCAGAGCUGCGAGUGCCCCCUCAGCAACGCCACCUGUAUUGACAGCAAGGGGGGCCUCUGUAACGGGCGCGGCCGCUGUGAGUGCGGGCGCUGCCAGUGUGACCACAUGACGCCCUACAUCGACUCCACCUGUGAAAUCAAGCACUCAGACGGGAUGCUGCUGGGGCUCUGUGAGGACCUGCGCUCCUGUGUGCAAUGCAAGGCCUGGGGCACGGGGCAGAAGAAGGGAGAGAACUGUGAAUCCUGCAGCUUCCAGGUCCAGAUGGUGGACGAGCUCAAGAAAGGGGAAGAGGUGACGGAGUACUGCUCGUUCCGGGACGAGGAGGACGACUGCACCUACAGCUACACGGUGGACAACGAUGGGGUCCCCGGCCCUAAUGACACCGUCCUGGUGCACAAGAACAAGGACUGCCCUCCGGCCACCUUCUGGUGGCUUAUCCCGCUGCUGCUGCUGCUGCUGCUGCUCCUGCCGCUGCUGCUGCUGCUCUGCUGGAAGUUCUGCCCCUGCUGCAAGGCCUGCCUGGCUGCCUGCCUGGCCCUCUGUCCCUGCUGUAAAAAAGGACACAUGGUGGGCUUCAAGGAGGACCACUACAUGCUGCGGGAGAACCUCAUGGCCUCUGACCACCUGGACACGCCCCUGCUACGCAGCGGGAACCUCAAGAGCCGUGACACCGUCCGCUGGAAGAUCAACAACAACGUACAGCGCGCCAACUUAGCCGGCCACGCUGCUAACGCCAACCCACAGGACCUGGUUCUGUACAACCUCUCUCUGCGCCUCACCCGGAUCUACACCGAAAACCUGCUGAAGUCUGACACCCGGGAGAGUAACCAGCUGCGCCAGGAGGUGGAGGAGAAGCUCAAUGAGGUCUACGGGCAGGUCCCGGGAGUUCAGAAGUUCCAGCAGACAAAGUUUCGGCAACAGCCCAACUCCGGCAAGAAGCAGGACCUCACCAUCGUGGACACGGCGUUCUUGGCCCCCCGCUCCGCCAAGGCGGACCUGCUGAAGCUGACCGAGAAGCAGGUGGACCAAGGCUCUUUUCAAGACCUCAAGGUGGCCCCUGGAUACUACACCCUUGCCACUGACCAGGAUGCCCGGGGGAUGGUGGAGUUCCAGGAGGGUGUGGAGUUGGUGGACGUCCGGGUGCCGCUUUUCAUCCGCCCGGAAGAUGACGACGACAAGGAGCUGCUGGUCGAGGCCAUCGACGUGCCCGAGGGCACCGCCACCAUCGGGCGCCGUCUGGUCCACAUAACCAUCAUCAAGGAGCAAGCCACCGGUGUGGUGUCCUUCGAGCGGCCGGAGUACACCUUCAGCCGGACGGACCAGAUGGUGCGGAUCCCCGUGGUCCGGCGCGUCCUGGACAACAGCAGAUCCCAGGUCUCCUACCGCACGCUGGACGACACGGCUCAGGCCCAGCGGGACUACAUCCAGGUCGAGGGAGAGCUGGUGUUCCAGCCCGGGGAGGAGCGGAAGGAGGUGCACAUCAAGCUGCUGGACCCGCGGGAGACAGACUCUCUGCUGCGCGGCCUCCCGCGCUUCCGCCUGGUCCUCAGCCACCCCAAGCACGGGGCCCGGCUGGGCCAACUCCACUCCACCACCAUCUUCAUCGGAGAGUCAGACCAGCAGAACAAGGAGUUCCUCGGCCUGCCCCUGUCCUCUGCCGCCCAGUCCGGCGAGCUGGGGGUGCCCCAGAACCUCACCGCCCAGGCCUCUAGUUCCCGUACCAUCCUCUUCACCUGGCUGCCUCCCCCGGGCACACCCACCGGCUACAGGGUGAAAUAUUGGAUCCAGGGAGACUCUGAGUCAGAUGCCCAAUUUGUGGACUGCUCGGUCCCCUCUGUGGAGCUCAGCAACCUGUACCCCUACUGCGACUAUGAGAUGAAGGUGUGUGCUUUCGGACCACUGGGCGAGGGGCCCUACAGCCACAAGAUCUCCUGCCGUACCAGUGAGGAGGUGCCCAGCGAGCCCGGCCGCUUGGCCUUCAACAUCGUAUCCACCACCGUCACCCAGCUGAGCUGGGGCGAGCCGGCCGAGACCAAUGGGGAGAUCACGGCCUAUGAGGUCUGCUACGGCCUGGUCAACGACGACAACAGACCCAUCGGGCCCAUGAAGAAGGUGCUGGUGGACUCCCCCAGAAAGCGAACACUGCUGAUCGAGAACCUGCGGGAGUCACAGCCGUACCGCUACACGGUGAAGGCGCGCAACGGGGCCGGCUGGGGCCCAGAGCGCGAGGCCACCAUCAACCUGGCCACCCAGCCCAAGCGCCCCAUGUCCAUCCCCAUCAUCCCCGACAUCCCCAUCGUGGACGCGCAGGACAGAGAGGGCAACGACAGCUACCUCAUGUACAGCGACGAGGUCCUGCGCUCCCAAUCUGGCAGCCAGCGGCCCAGCGUCUCCGACGACACGGGCGGCUCCGGCUGGCAGUUCGUGCCGCUGCUGGGGGAGGAGCUGGACCUCCGCCACAUCACUUGGCAGCUGCCCGCGCAGCUGAUCCCCCGCCUGUCCGGCAGCAGCUGCCUCUCCUCCGAAGCAGACGGCAGCCUCCCCCGCAGCGUGACGCCCGGGCCGCCCCCAGAGCACCUGGCGAACGGCCGCUUGGACUUCAUGUACCCGGGCAGCGUCCACUCCCUGAACAGGAUGGUGACCAGCAGCACCUCCACCUACGGCCCCCACCUGAGCCCGCACGGUCCCCACGCCGUGAUGGGCAGCGUCUCCACCCUCACCACCCGCGACUACCAUUCACUGACCCGCACCGAGCAUUCUUCUACCCUGCCCCGCGACUACUCCACCCUCACCUCCGUCACCUCGCACGAGUCGCGCCUGGCCCCGGGGCUGCCCGACACACCCACGCGCCUGGUCUUCUCCGCCUUGGGGCCCACCUCCCUCAAGGUCAGCUGGCAGGAGCCGCAGUGCGAGCAGGAGCUGCGGGGCUACCGGGUGGAGUACCAGCUCCUGGGAGGAGGUGAGAGCCAGGAGCUGCUGAUCAACAACCCGGCCCAGACGUCCAUUGUAGUUGAAGACCUGGUGCCCAACCACUCCUACAUCUUCCGGGUGCAGGCGCAGAGCCAGGAGGGCUGGGGCCCCGAGCGCGAGGGGGUCAUCACCAUUGAGUCCCAGGUGCUUCCGCACAGCCCCCUCUGCCCCAUGCCAGGCUCGCCCUUCACCCUGAGCACGCCCAGCGCCCCCGGGCCCCUGGUGUUCACCGCCCUCAGCCCCGAUUCGCUGCAGCUCAGCUGGCAGAGGCCCCGGCGGCCCAACGGUGACAUCCUAGGCUACCUGGUGACCUGUGAGAUGGCCCGCCAAGGAGGGUCUUCCAAGACGUUCCAGGUGGAAGGGGACCAGGCGGAGAUGCGGCUGACCGUGCCGGGCCUCAGCGAGAACGUCCCCUACAAGUUCAAGGUCCAGGCCAAGACCACGCAGGGCUUCGGGCCCGAGCGCGAGGGCGUCAUCACCAUCGAGUCACAGGACGGAGGCCCCUUCACCCAGCUGGGAGGGCAGCAGACUCUGUGCCAGGAGCUCUGCACGCUGCCCGGAGAGUUCAGCACUAGCAUCCUCACCACCUCCACCACCACCCACCCUGCCACCCUGGAAACCUUCUUAACAGAUGGCCUGACCCUGGGCCCCCUGGGGCUGGAGGCUGGCGGGACCCUCACGCGGCAGGUGACCCAGGAGUUCGUGUCCCGGACCCUGACCUCCAGCGGGACCCUGACCAAGCAGACGGAGCGCCAGUUCUACCAGGCCUGAGCCCCAACCUCAGUCCUGGGAAACCUGCCUUCCUCGGCUGGGUCGCUGCUGCCCCUUGCUGGGGACCGGGGAAGUCUCAGGUGUCCUGCAGAUUCCUUUCCCUGCUGCCCUCAGCCCCCUACCUGGAGGAGGAGGGAAACAAGCCCCCACUCCCACCCCCAGAUGCAUCUGUAACCAAAAACCUGGAGCCACUGCACACUCCUUUGCACUUAAUAAACGUUUUCGCUACAA